AUAGCUUGAGCUUAGUGCAUGAUGUUACGUGCAAAUGCGCGGCGAAUAGUAAACAUAAGUUGGAAUUUCAACCAAGAACCUUACUAUAAUUACAUUUCGAUUCUUGAUUCAUGCACAGAAACUAAGCAAUUAGUUAUAGGCAAAUCAAUCCAUCAGCACAUCAUCAAGCACCGUCUUUGUAACGAUAAUCGUUCGAAUUUACUAGACAAGCUAACGCGUUUUUACGUUUCGUGCAGCAGAGUUGAUCUUGCACGCCAAGUGUUUGAUUUAAUUCCUAACUCAGAUAGAAAUGACAAAGUCAUAUUAUGGAACCAAAUGAUUAGAGCUUAUGCUUGGAAUGGACCCUUUGAGAAGGCUAUUGAUUUGUAUUAUGAAAUGGUGGAGUAUGGUGUUAGACCGACGAAUUAUACAUACCCUUUUGUGAUUAAGGCUUGUUCUGCUUUGCAAGAUGUAGAAAAUGGUGAAAAGAUUCAUGAACAUGUGAAAAGGCAGGGGCUUGAUGGUGAUGUUUAUGUUUGUACAGCUUUGGUUGAUUUUUAUGCAAAGUGUGGGUUGUUGGUCGAGGCACGAAGAGUGUUUGAUGGAAUGUUGCAAAGAGAUAUUGUGGCGUGGAAUGCGAUGAUUUCUGGGUGCUCGGCGAAUGGUUUGUAUUUGGAGAUGAAGGGUUUGGUUUUGGAGAUGCAAGAAAAUGGGUUAACUCUGAAUUCGUCUACAGUUGUGGCGAUUCUUCCUGCUAUUUCAGAAGCUAAUAAGUUGCGUGAAGGAAAGGCUGUUCAUGGGUAUUCUAUGAGAAGGGGGUUUGUUAAUGAUGUAGUUGUUGAUACUGGUAUUUUGGAUGUGUAUGCAAAAUGUGGUUGGUUGAACUACGCGAAGAGGAUUUUUAGAGUCAUGAGUUUGAAGAAUGAGAUCACACGGAGUGCGAUGAUAGGAGCAUACGUAACAUGUGAUUCUACUCAAGAAGGAUUGGAACUGUUUGAGCACAUGAGGAUGGAAGAUACUGGAUCUCCUUCUCCGGUCAUGCUUGCCACUGUAAUUCGAGCCUGUGCUAAGCUGAAUGAUAUGAGAAGAGGAAGAAAGAUGCAUGGUUAUACUGUAAAGUUAGGGUCCAAUUUGGAUUUGAUGGUGAGUAAUACUCUUCUUUCUAUGUAUGCAAAGUGCGGGAGAAUAGAUGAUGCGCUUACCUUCUUUGAGGAGAUGGAUUUGAAAGAUUCUGUUUCUUUCAGUGCGAUAAUUGCAGGGUGCGUCCAGAAUGGCCAUGCAGAAGAAGCUUUGCAGAUUUUACGAAUGAUGCAAUCGUCUGGUGUUGAACCAGAAUCUGCAACAGUGAUGGGAAUUUUACCAGCUUGUUCACAUUUGGCUGCUCUACAACUUGGAGUUUGCACCCAUGGUUACUCGAUAGUGCGUGGAUUUACAGAGGAUGUUUCUGUUUGUAAUGCUCUAAUUGACAUGUAUUCCAAAUGUGGUAAAAUCGGCAUUGCUAGGAUUGUCUUUGAUAAGAUGAAUAAAAGGGAUGUCGUCUCAUGGAAUGCAAUGAUUGCUGGAUAUGGAGUUCAUGGUCGUGGAAAGGAAGCAAUUUCACUGUUCUAUGACAUGCAGUCUGUAGGUCAAAUGCCAGAUGAUAUAACUUUUAUUGGUCUCUUAUUUGCUUGCAGCCAUUCAGGUCUUGUUGCUGAAGGGAAAUAUUGGUUCUUCAGAAUGUGCGAAGAAUUCAAAAUUAGCCUUAGGAUGGAUCAUUACUUGUGCAUGGUGGAUCUUUUGGGACGUGCUGGUCUUCUGGACGAGGCCUAUGGUUUCGUCCAGAAUAUGCCUUUUAUACCUGAUGUGCGUAUAUGGAGUGCCUUGCUUGGCGCGUGUAGAAUCCAUAAACAUGUUGUUCUAGCAGAAGAAGUGUCCAAUAAGAUCCAAUAUCUAGGACCUGAAAGUCCGGGCAAUUUCGUUCUUUUAUCUAAUUUGUAUACUACUGCUGGGAGAUGGGAUGACGCUGCUCAUGUCAGAGUUAAGCAGAAGGAUUCUGGCUUUAAGAAGAGCCCCGGAUGUAGUUGGAUUGAAAUAAAUGGUGUUGUCCAUGCAUUUGUUGGUGGGGAUCAGUCCCACCCUCAGUCCGCUAAAAUAAAUGAGAAACUGAAGGAACUUUCGACAGAGAUGAAAAGGCUGGGGUAUAGUGCAGAAUCCAGUUUUGUUUACCAAGAUGUUGAGGAAGAAGAGAAGGAACAGAUUCUUCUUUAUCACAGCGAGAAGCUUGCUGUUGCAUUUGCGUUGCUAAAUCUGGAUCCUAGCAAGUCCAUACUCGUUACUAAGAACUUACGAGUUUGUGUUGACUGCCAUAGUACGCUGAAAUAUAUAAGUCUAAUAACAAAAAGAGAAAUUACAGUGAGGGAUGCAAGUCGAUUUCAUCAUUUCAGAGAUGGAAUAUGCAGCUGCGGAGAUUUCUGGUGAGGAAUGAUUGGAACUGUUUUUUUAUUGUUGCUUGACGUAUGUACUAAUGCAGCGUUGCCUAUCUAAACUAGGUAGUUGAAGCGUAUUCAAAGAUGAUAUCUUGGCUGCAUGUUGUGUUAGACCAUUUUGAGGAUCUUCGAAUUCACGAGUACAUUAGUUGGCAGAUUUUGACAGAACAUUUCAUAUCUCAGAUGAACACGCAGAUAAACUUUACAUUGCAGUAAGAUGAUUCGUCAGGAAGAUUUGACGGAUGCAGCAUACACUGCUUUGAUCAGUAACAUCCUGGAGCUUCUUAGAAC